AUGGAUACAAUAUUUACUGGUGCUGCUCACGAGGUCACAACCGCUGCUGCGAAAGGUAUCUUCCGCCAAGCUAUACGUCAUAUUAGAUAUGUAAUCUUCUACCAGAAAUUUGUUGCCGAGUUCGAGAAGGAAAAAAAGAACUUGAAUAUAGAAAGAACAAGUGUGCAGGAAGAUGUUGCUUUUGCACUAGCGAACUUGGAGAAUAUUAAAACCAAUGUCCAGGAAUGGCGCCACAAAGUGGAUGAGAUCUUCACUGAAGAGGCGAAGAAAGUGAACGAUCUUGAAGUCAAAGCAAAGACCAAGUGCUUCUUUGGCUUGUGUCCCAACAUCAAGUCUCGCUACCAGCUUAGCAAGAAAGCAGAAGAAGAUGCUGCCAAUUUUAAAAAGCUUAUCGACGAUGGCCGUUUUGAGCGCGUGGGAUGCCCUUAUGUUGCUGAACCCAUAAUCCAUACAGACUUUGAGACCUUUCAAUCAAGAGAGGAGGUUUUCCAUGAUAUCAUGGAGUUACUGAAAGAUGCAACAACAAGCAUGAUUGGAGUGUACGGGAUGCCUGGUGUGGGCAAAUCAUGGCUGGUCAACGAAGUUGAGAGACAACUCCGUGAGGUUAAGUUAUUCGAUUCAGUAGUUACGGUAAUUGCACGUCAAAAUGCUGACAUUAAGGAAAUUGUUGAAGUUGGUCAGCAUGAAGCCAACACUCGAUUCCAUACAGGCCAUGAAGACCAAGCAAAGCUGGAACAGAUGCAAGGGCUGCUGAUGCAAGCUCAUUUUGUUCAUUUUGUUAUAUUUAGUUGA